GGAGCCCUGAUGUCCUCUUCCCCUUCCUGCAUAUGGGCAGUCUGGAAGGCCUGGUGUGGAGACUGGGAGAAUUGCUGCUUUUGCCUUUUUUUGGGAGAACGAAGAGACUAGGGUGGUGAAGGGAGCUCGGACGGAGUCACAUGAGACCAUAACUCCAAAAGGAGCUGAGGUUGGGGUUGGGGGAGGCUGGCUCUGUGACAUCCGAAGGACGUGAGCUUAUUCUUUGUGGUCCAGUAAGUAGCAGGAAGGGGAAGAGAGUGGAUGAAGAUUUUUUGGGCAGAUGAGACAUUCUAAGAUGGAAAGGGCUGCCAAGGAGUUAGGGAGCCCUCUGACCCUGGAAUAUGUGAGCACUCUGGGGAGGGGCAUGGCAAAGCAUCAGAGGCUUCCCAGAAACAAAUCUCUGGAUGGGAUGAGAGAUUGUCCAGGCCUCAAGGUCCCUGCUGCCCUGCCUCCAGCCUGGGGUGGGGAACUGGUGCAGUAGAGUGCUUGGGAUCCUGCCUCCCCACCGCCUCCUCCAGCUUCCUAGCAGAACCUGAUAGGGGAAUCCCUGGACUAGACUGGGAAAAAGAUCCUUGAUGACCUAAAGGCUAUGUGGUCCAAGCAGCCCUUGGGGCUUGGACCCCUUCAGCAGCCUCCUCAGUUGGACCACCCCACUUCACCAUCCUAUGUCCUAUUCCAGCGCUGCUACUGAAAGGAAGGCAGAAGAAGCCACGGCCGCUAGACCCCGGUGAGGGCUCCAAGGACACAGACAGUUCAGCUGGGCGGCGGGGCGGCACGGGCAGAAAGCAUGGGCGCUGGCGGGGCCGUGCUGAGAGCCCUGGCAUGCCCGUGGCCAAGGUGGUACGAGCAGUAACCAGCCGGCACAGAACCAGCCGGCGGAUCCCCCCCACCCCGCCCCCAGAGGCCCCAGGACGCCAGAACCUGAGUGGGGCAGCGGCCGGGGAGGCGCUGGCUGGGGCAGCUGGCUUCCCACAUGGAGACACAGGGAGUGUGGAGGGCGCCCCCCAGCCCACAGACAACAGCUUCACGCCCAAGUGCGAGAUCGUGGGCAAGGAUGCUCUGUCUGCACUGGCCCGGGCCAGCUCCAAGCAGUGCCAGCAGGAGAUUGCCAACGUGGUGUGCCUGCACCAGGCCGGGAGCCUCAUGCCCAAGGCUGUGCCCCGGCACUGCCAGCGGGCUGGGAAGAUGAGCCCCGGCAUCCAGUGGGACGACGUUCGGGCCCAGCAGCCCGUGGAUGGCCCCCCAGUACGAAUCGCCUACAUGCUGGUGGUCCAUGGCCGCGCCAUCCGCCAGCUGAAGCGUCUCCUCAAGGCUGUCUACCACAAGCAGCACUUCUUCUAUAUCCACGUGGACAAGCGCUCCAACUACCUGCACCGAGAGGUGGUAGAGCUGGCCCGGCAGUAUGAUAAUGUGCGGGUGACGCCCUGGCGCAUGGUCACCAUCUGGGGCGGGGCCAGCCUGCUGAGGAUGUAUCUGCGGAGCAUGCAGGACCUGCUGGAGGUGCCCGACUGGGCCUGGGACUUCUUCAUCAACCUCAGUGCCACUGACUACCCGACCAGGACCAACGAAGAGCUGGUAGCUUUCCUGUCCAAGAACCGGGACAAGAAUUUCCUCAAGUCGCAUGGCCGGGACAACUCCAGGUUCAUCAAGAAACAGGGCCUGGACCGGCUCUUCCAUGAGUGCGAUUCGCACAUGUGGCGUCUGGGCGAGCGGCAGAUCCCAGCGGGCAUCGUGGUGGAUGGCGGCUCUGACUGGUUCGUGCUAACGCGCAGCUUUGUGGAGUAUGUGGUGUACACAGACGACCCACUUGUGGCCCAGCUACGUCAGUUCUACACGUACACGCUGCUCCCAGCCGAGUCCUUCUUCCACACGGUGCUGGAGAACAGCCCAGCCUGCGAGAGCCUCGUGGACAACAACCUGCGGGUCACCAACUGGAACCGCAAGCUGGGCUGCAAAUGCCAGUACAAGCACAUCGUGGACUGGUGCGGCUGCUCCCCCAACGACUUCAAGCCGCAGGACUUCCUACGGCUGCAGCAAGUCUCCAGACCCACCUUCUUCGCCCGGAAGUUUGAGUCAACUGUGAACCAGGAGGUACUGGAAAUCCUGGACUUCCACCUAUAUGGCAGCUACCCCCCCGGCACUCCAGCCCUCAAGGCCUACUGGGAGAACACCUAUGACGUGGCCGAUGGCCCCAGUGGGCUCAGUGAUGUCAUGCUCACUGCUUACACCGCUUUCGCCCGCCUCAGCCUGCGCCACGCCGCCACCGCUGCGUCCCCACUGGCCAACCCACUCUGCAGGUUUGAGCCCAGGGGCUUGCCGUCCAGCGUGCACCUGUAUUUCUAUGACGACCAUUUCCAGGGCUACUUGGUGACGCAGGCGGUGCAGCCCUCAGCCCAGGGGCCGGCAGAGACGCUUGAGAUGUGGCUGAUGCCCCAGGGGUCGCUGAAGCUGUUGGGGCGCAGUGACCAGGCCAGCCGGCUCCAGAGUUUGGAGGUUGGCACCGAGUGGGACCCCAAAGAGCGUCUUUUCCGGAACUUUGGGGGGUUGCUGGGGCCGCUGGACGAGCCUGUGGCCAUGCAGCGCUGGGCCCGAGGCCCCAACCUCACAGCCACUGUGGUGUGGAUCGAUCCCACCUAUGUGGUGGCUACAUCUUACGACAUCGUGGUAGACGCGGAAACCGAGGUCACGCAGUACAAGCCCCCACUGAGCCGGCCCCUGCGGCCAGGGGCCUGGACUGUUCGACUGCUUCAGUUCUGGGAACCCCUGGGUGAGACCCGCUUCCUCGUGCUGCCCUUGACCUUCAACCGCAAACUACCUCUCAGGAAAGAUGAUGCCAGCUGGCUGCACGCUGGGCCACCCCACAACGAGUAUAUGGAGCAGAGUUUCCAGGGACUCAGCGGCAUCCUGAACCUGCCUCAGCCAGAGCCCGCAGAGGAGGCUGCCCGGCUGCAUGCGGAGCUCACGGGCCCUGCGCUGGAGGCCUGGACAGAUGGGGAACUAGGUGGCUUCUGGUCUGUGGCCGGACUGUGUGCCAUGGGCCCCUCCACCUGUUCCUCCCUGGAGCUCUGCAGACUGACCAGCUGGAGCUCUCUGUUCCCCGACCCCAAAUCAGAGCUGGGGCCUGUCAAAGCAGAUGGACGACUCAGGUAGCAGGGUCCCAGCCAGCGCCUCCGGAAGACCCGGGGAAUUGCACCUUACAGACGACGGAGGGAUGUCCCCUUCGUAUGCAAGAACCAGAGGCCCAGGCAGUACACCUGUGUCAGUCAUCAAGAACCUGUAGACGGCAGGGAAGUUGGGCUUAGUAUUUACCACUGCAAAUGGCUCUGCUGGGGACCAGGAUGUUGCAGGAACAUGGGGAGAAGGGCUCCAGCUUCCACAGCCCACUCUUCCUCACCUUCCCCUCUAAUUUUUUUUUUUUUUUUUUAAGAAAAAUGGGUAGUGGGGGGAUGAACUGGAAACAAAAGAUGUGCAAUAGGGCUCAGAGCAGCCCCAGGAAGUGGGCCAUGGCUCUGGGGAGCAGGGGCCUGCCUCGCUCUCCAGGGCCUCAUCCGCCAGCCUUGGCCUGUGCUGCUAACUGCUGAGGCUCUGCAGGGGUCCAAGUGCUAUGCCAGGCUCUGAGGCCUGGAGAACAGGUGAUUUAGGGGAGCACUGCAGAGCUGGAAUCUAAUGGGUCAGCCUCUCCUCUUAUAGCCAGGGGACCGUAGAAGAGGGGGUGGGGUUGGCUCUAGGGCUUUCCAGCAUCCCCUGCCCCUUGAUGGGAAAGCAGGGCACCAGGGCCUACUGAGACCAUUGUGGAGUCUCCCAGGUACCCAGAACUGCAAGCAGGGCCUGGGGCGAGCCCUCAUGAGUAGCAUGGGAAGAAGACUCUGCCAGGGCUCUCAGAAGAACCUGGAGUAGCAUUGUGCCUGAAGCUCAGUGUGAAGUCUGAAAUAUGCAACAGAAGAAAUAUAUCUCUAUCUCUCUCAACUGAGCCUCUGUGGUUUUCCUCCUGGGUGUCAGAGAGCCAUCACUGUUGGGCCCUCUUCUCCUAAAAGUCUUGGCUGGUACUUUGGCAGAAGGUGGAGGUCUCAUUCCCCCAGAGCGGGAA